AUGGGUAUUGAAUUUAAGUCCCAAAACAAGAAUCAAAAUGACAGUAUUACCGGUGCAGCUGCACCAGUGAUUCUGGGACUCCAACCAUCGGCCCUUGUGGACCAUGUGGCAAGAGUUGAUCGGUCCCUCCUCUCCCGAAUUCCCGGCGAGCCCGGUGGUUCUUUUCCUGUUGCAGCCGAAGAUCUGAAGUUCAUCUUGGAAGAGGUUAAUGCACAUACUGCCGCUUCUCCCGAAUCUCUCUCUCCUUUGAAGACCAUUGCAGGGGGAAGCGUCGCUAAUACUAUUAGAGGCCUGGCUGCUGGCUUUGGUGUCACCUGUGGUAUAAUUGGGGCCUGUGGGGACGAUGAACAAGGCAGCUUGUUCAUAGAUAACAUGAACUUUUACAAUGUCGAUAUAGCGAGAUUAAGGUUGAAGAAUGGUCCCACUGCACAAUGCGUUUGCUUAGUUGAUGAAUUGGGUAAUCGCACAAUGCGGCCAUGUCUCUCUGGUGCCACGAAAGUUGAGGCUGGUGAAUUCAAAAGAGAGGAUUUCAAAGGAUCUAAGUGGCUAGUACUAAGAUAUGCAAGUUUAAACUUGGACGUAAUUCACGCAGCUAUUAAAAUUGCCAAGGAAGAGGGACUUUCUGUUUCUCUAGAUCUUGCCAGCUUUGAGAUGGUUCGGAAGUUCAGGCUGCCACUUGUACAGUUACUAGAGUCGGGGAAUAUAGAUCUUUGCUUUGCCAACGAGGAUGAGGCUGCAGAACUGCUGAGGGGUGAAAGUGAACAAGGUCCUGAAGCAGCACUUGAUUUUCUGGCCAAACACUGCCAAUGGGCUGUGGUAACAUUGGGUCCGAAUGGAUGCAUUGCUAAAUAUGGAAAAGAGGUUGUCCAUGUUCCGGCAAUCAAAGAGGCAAAGGCAGUUGAUGCCACUGGUGCAGGUGACCUCUUUGCUAGCGGCUUUUUGUAUGGAUUGGUGAAGGGACUUUCACUGGAGGAGUGCUGCAGGGUCGGCUCGUGCAGUGGCGGGUCAGUUAUCCGUUCUCUUGGGGGCGAGAUAGCUCCAGAGAACUGGCAGUGGAUGUACAAACAAAUGCAAAGCCAGGAGCUCCCCAUCCCCGAGCCUGGAAAGUUGUCUUAUGAAGUAAUGGAUUAG